AUGAAUUUCACGACCCAAGUGACGUAUCCAACUGGCUCUGGAUCUGCUCCGUUUCCCAUAACAACAGGCGAUGUCAAUAACGAUGGUCACAUUGAUAUUAUUGUUGGUCUCUCAGGUUCGAGUAAAGUCGGUAUUCUUUUCAAUACUGGUAACGGUACGUUUGCUCGUCAAGUCAAUUAUACAGUUGGUCCUGGUUUGACAUGGUCUAUCAGUGCAAUCGAUGUCAAUUCGGAUGGCAAACUUGAUCUCGUUGUCGCAAACUCUGAUGCUGAUAACAUCGGUGUUCUGAUUAAUAAUGGUGGUGGCACGUUUGCUUCUCAAGUCAUCUAUGCAACUGGCAAUGGCUCCAAGCCACACUCGGCGGCAAUUGCUGACAUCAAUGGUGAUGCACUACCUGAUGUUGUUGCCGCAAAUUUCGGCUUAAACAACAUUGGCGUACUCCUUAACACUGGUGCUGGUACAUUUGGUACUCAAGUCACUUACGCAGCCGGCUCUCAACCGCAUUCUGUUGCAGUGAGUGACGUUAAUUUGGAUAAUCUGCCCGACAUUGUCGUUGCAAAUAACGUUGCAAAUAACGUCGGCGUUUUUCUCAACGUCGGUAAUGGUACAUUUAGUACUCAAGUGACCUAUCCCACGGGCUCUCAGCCACAUUCGGUGGCAGUACAUGACGUGAAUCUUGAUAACAAGCCCGACAUUAUUGUCGCAAAUUACGGUUCAAACAACAUUGGCGUUCUUCUUAAUACCGGUGCCGGAGUAUUCAGUACUCAAAAGACAUAUCCAACCGGCUCGCAGCCAUAUUUUGUAGUAACCAACGACAUGAAUAGCGAUGGCUGUAUCGAUAUCAUUGUCGCAAAUUCCGCGUCGUACAACGUCGGCGUUUUCCUCAACUUAGGAAACGGUACAUUCGCGUCUCAGAAGAUCUACGCCACUGGUUAUUCUUUAUACGCUGUGACAACAGCUGAUAUUGAUUCGGAUAAUAAACCUGAUCUUAUUGUUCCCAACGACGGCGGAAAUAAUAUCGGUGUUUUCUCAUCUGGCUGCGAAUGA